AUGGAGGUUGUUGAAGCAUCUACUCGUAGUCUUGACAAUUCCUCUGAGACGCCAAGUGGAGGGAGGCUUCUCAAGAUAGAACCUUCGGAACUGAGAUUUACCUUUGAGCCAAAGAAGCAGAUAUCUUGCUGUCUUCACUUGUCUAAUUUGAUGAAUAGCCCUGUUGCUUUCAAGGUUUUAACGACCAAUAAGACUGUCUAUGUUGUCCGCCCAAACACUGGAAUUAUUUUGCCAGGGACAACAUGUGGUAUCACAGUUACAAUGCAAGCUCAGAAUAAGCCCUGCACAGCCAAGCAAUGCGAGGACAAAUUUAAGAUUCAAAGUGUCCUUGUCAGCGCAUGUGCAGACUUAAACCACAUCACCAAGAAUGUGUUUGAUAAGGAGGAAGGGUUUUCUAUUGAAGAAUACAAAUUGCCAGUUGUUUACCUGUCCACAGCUCUACCACUUUCGCUGGAGUCUGAGCAAGCCAACACAUUGCUAACAGAUGGCACACAUUUGAAUUCUUCUCAGGGUAAAAAGAUGAGCACAAUGGAGAUGCCUGAUGUCAUCAAAUUUCCUUUUGAGGCGAAUAAGCAGAUUUCCAGUUCUCUCCAAUUUUCAAAUACGACUGCAAAUUAUGUUGCUUUCAAGGUCAUGACCACAAACCCGAAGAACUACAGUGCUCGACCAAUCCGAGGUGUUAUGGUUCCUCAAUCUACAUUUAGUAUCACAGUGACAAUGCAAGCUCAGAAAGCUCCUCCGAAUGCACCAAGCAAGGACAAGUUUCUCAUUCGAAGUGCAGUUGUUAGUCCCAGUACCACGGAAAAAGACAUCAACUGGGACCUGUUCGGCGAGGACGGACUGGUUAAGGACCAUAAACUGAGAGCGAUUCAUACUCUGUCACCCAAAGCAGCAAUUCCAGUUGCAGAGGGGUCAGAAGAAUUUUCCUCAGAAAGGGUGUUGCUGAUGCAAGAUGACAGUUCGAAUAAUUCUCAGGAAAUCCCAUGGCAUGAUGGCGAGACAAUUAUGGGUACUCCAUCUAUUUUUGGCAGGAUUUCUGACUUUUUGGGGUUGACUUCCAGGCCCAGGUCUUAUGAUCAGUACAAAAAGUUAGUGUGAUGAAGCUGAUGGAUGAUUCAUUGGGAGGAAUGGAAGAACUUUUGGUCAAUGCUCUGUCCCUUCUUUCAUUUUUUUGAAUGCAAUAUUAUAGGAUAAAUUGGAUUACAACACUCUCCAUUUGUACAGAAUGUUAACCAUAGGAUGCAGUAUGUGUACGGUUACUUACACAAAUGUUACUUAUGAUAAGUGAAAAGGUAUUUUACACCAAA